UUCAAGAGGGGCACCCAGUAGAAUACGCGUCAAGAACAAUGUCCAGCAUACAACAGAAAUAUGCACAAAUAGAGAAGGAAAUGCUUGCCAUCCAGUUUGGACUAACAAGAUUCCAUCAGUAUGUGUAUGGACAAGAUGUCAUAGUGGAGACUGACCACAAGCCACUACUUGGAAUACUGAAAAAGCCCCUUGCUGAAGUCAGUCCUAGGCUUCAGAGAAUGCGCCUACGAUGUCUCAAAUACAACUACACGCUAGAGCACCAUUCCGGGAAAGAAAUGGUCCUGGCCGAUUCUCUGAGCAGAAUGCCAUCUACAACACCCUAUACAGACUAUGAUGAACUAACAGAAGAGCAAAUCGACUCCGUCACAGAGCAAAUCAUUCCCACACCACUUGGACGUGAAAGAUGUACGGAAGCGACCAGACAAGACCCUACAAUGCAGGCACUCAUCACUUACAUACACACAGGAUGGCCACCUACAAGGAGGAGUGUCCCGGGUCCAAUCAAACCGUACUGGAAUGUGAGACACGACCUAACAGAGAAAGACGGCAUUGUCCUCAAAGGAAGCCAAGCUGUCGUCCCUGUGACAAUGCGCAAAACGGUGAUGAACAGUAUACAUGAGGGACACUAUGGAAUAGUGAAGUGUAUAGAAAGGGCCAAGACGUCAGUGUACUGGCCGGGCUACACCAAUGAAAUACAUGACAUGGUAGCGAGUUGCAGCAAAUGCCAAGAAAAUCGAAGCCAGAACCCAAAGCCAGACACUAAACCUCAUGAUGUUCCACACUACCCCUACCAGAAAGUGGGAACAGACUUGUUUGAACUACAAGGGGAACAUUACCUACUUACCAUCGAUUACUACAGCAAAUGGGUGACCAUAGAUCACCUCCAGUCAACGAAAGCAGCUGAUGUGAUAACUAUCCUAGACAAGCAUUUUGCCAAUUUUGGAAUACCAGAAACAAUAUUCUCGGACAACGGGCCACAAUACGCCAACGAAGAAUUUCGCAAGUUCUCCAGGAAGCUGGGAUUUCAACACACCACAUCCAGUCCAGGCUACCCAGCCAGCAAUGGCCAAGCGGAAAGAGGUGUCCAAACAGUCAAGAAAAUGAUGGCCAAGAUGUUGGAGGAGGGCCGUACAAUCAAUGACGCUCUAAGAGUCCUUAGGAACACACCAAUAGGAGGAGACCUGCCUACUCCUGCCAUCCUGCUACAGGGGAGACACCUCCGAACCCAACUAACAAUAAAUACUGAGACUCUGGUUCCACAUAACAUGGAUGCAGACAAGACCAGACAAAAACUAAUCGCCCACCAAUCCCAAUAUGCGUUCUAUGGAGCCACAGGAAACACAACGAACUCACCUCUGCUUCCUGAUGAAAGCGUAAGGACAAUGAGAGGAAAAAAAUGGGUACCAGCAAAAGUCAUUGGACACCACACAGAGCCCCAAUCCUACAUCCUCAGACUAGCAAAUGGACGGACAGUGAGAAGAACUAGAACACACAUAAACAGGACAACAGAAGUGUGGGAUGACAACACAAUGUUCGCUAAGUACACUCCGACGGGACAACAAACAAACACCAGCCUGUCAGAAGGACAACCACCAAAUCAACCUGAAGAGACAAACGUACUGCCAGACACGGAGAUCAGAUCUCCGAAUACAGAAAGCCCUCCAAAAUCUGCCAAGUCCCCAACUGCACCUGCAAGUCAACCUGCAGUCAAAACAACAAGGCUGGGGAGGAUCUCAAGACCACCACGACGCCUACUGGAGGACUACACUACGUAAUUAGCAACCAUUGCUUGACACUGCACUUUUGAGUUGAAGUCACCCAGAGACAGAUAGAUGACAUGUAAUGUAAUUAGAUUCACUAUCCCGUAUGUGUAAUCGGAAAUAGAUCAGAACGAUU